AUGCUAGAGACGGGCUCCGGACAUGAGGCUGAGGGCGGCUCUGUGUUGGGCGUAGUGGAUGGUGAACGAGGUAGCGACUGCCUAUACGAUACUCUCUUCCUAAUAUCAAUCCAAGCAAAGCAACCGUCGUCCAAAAUCCUCAGCCAACUUAAAGAGGGGAUUGGGCCUUCUUGGGUGCGAGAAGGGUAG